AAAAAAAAGAAAAACGUAAAGAGCAUAAGGGCCGCGCGUACUUUUGACUUUUCAGAAACUCCGACACGGCCUGCUGGGUGACAUAGACAAACUUUUUUCUUUCCUUUUUUUUUUUUUCACACAACUAAUGAUGAGUCCCGCCAAUUUCUAUAAUCAAGCCAUGAUACCUCCUCAUCCAAUGUCUUCACGUGGACCUACUAUAGGCAUUCCAAACCCUCAAUUCUUACAACAACAACAACAACAACAGCAGCAACAACAACAACAACAGCAGCAGCAACAGCAACAACCUCAGCAAUUUAGAAAUCAUAAUGCAUUAAUGGCAAAACGCGUGCCACAACCACAGCCUAACAAAAUGCGACAAAACAUGCCAAUUCCGGAGGAACUGGAAGAACCUUCAGGAGAUGAAUUAGACGACAUUUCAGCGAGAGAUAUUGCUGUGGCUCGAUAUAAACGAAAUCAUGAUUAUCUGUCAGAGAUAUUCACUCCAUAUAAAGCAGAGCAUAUCGUUCCACCACCUUUAGAAAUUCAACAAUCAAAGGAAGAGCUUGAAAAGCUAAUUAACAAGAACAGUUGGCUAUUGAACAAGAAAAGCAACACCAAGCAAAACUAUCAAGGUUCCAAAAAGAGCAUGAACUAUUUAAACAGUCCAUGAAUCGACUUGUACAAGCCAAGACUUUAGAGUCUAUUGAUGAGGUAUCACAGCAUAUAGCCAAAGAUAUGAAUGCUCGCCUUGAACAUAGAGUGGAACAAAUAAAAGUGCUGUCAAUACCAGGUUUAGAUGAUGAUGACAAAGAUACAAGGCAAAAUAUAAAAGAUGAUAACAACAUGGAU